GGUCAGUGCACACUGCUCUGCCUGCAGUCGGUGGGGCAGGCUGGCCAGGCCGGGAGGAGCCCGACAAUGGAGGCAUCCUGGGGAGCUGUCUGCCUCUUUUCAGUCCAGCACUGAUGCUGGCGGCUGUUUGGACACACUGAUUACUCUCUGGCCUCCCCCUUCUGUCUGCCAGCCCAGCCCGACUCCUCAAGCUUCGAACAGCUCCAUCCACCCCAGGGAGGAGCUGGACGGCUGAGCCAGGCUGUGCCCGCAGCGCCUGACAGGCCCAUGCUACAGCUGGAGUCCUCCCCGGGACUGGGAGGCCAAGGCCACUGGCCAGGCCUCCUGUCUGUGCUCCUGACUCUCCUUGGCAUCACCUGGGCGGACGUGUGGCCACCCCAGCUGCCAGAGCUGGCUCCAGUACCAGUAGCCCUGAGCAGAAAGGAGAGUUUCUCUCUUCUGUCCCUGCACAACCGCCUGCGAAGCCAGGUGCAGCCUCCUGCGGCCAACAUGCGGAGAAUGGACUGGAAUGAGAGCCUGGCUCAGCUGGCUCAAGCCAGGGCAGCCCUCUGUGGCAUGCCAGCCCCAGACCUGGUCCCUGCCCCACGGCGCACCCCGCAAAUGGGCUGGAACAUACAGCUGCUGCCCAUAGGCUCGGCGUCCUUUGCUGGAGUGGUCAACCUCUGGUUCGCAGAGGGGCAGUGGUACAGCCACGAGGCAGCUGAGUGUGCCCAUAAUGCCACCUGCAUCCACUACACUCAGCUUGUGUGGGCCACUUCGAGCCAGCUGGGCUGUGGGCGGCAUCUGUGCUCCGUGGGCCAGGCAGCGAUGGAAGCCUUUGCCUGUGCCUACUCCCCAGGAGGCAACUGGGAGGUAAACAGGAAGACAAUUGUCCCUUAUAAGAAGGGUGCCUGGUGUUCACUCUGCACAGCCAGUGUCUCGGGCUGCUUCAAGGCCUGGGACCACGCAGGGGGGCUCUGUGAGGUCCCCAGGAACCCAUGUCGCAUCAGCUGCCGGAACCAUGGACAUCUCAACAUUAGCACCUGCCACUGCCACUGUCCACCUGGCUACACAGGCAGAUACUGCCAAGUCCGGUGCAGCGUGGAGUGUGUACAUGGCCACUUCCGGGAAGAGGAGUGCUCUUGUGUCUGCAAUGUCGGCUACGGGGGAGCCCAGUGUGCCACCAAGGUGCGCUUUCCUUUCCACACCUGUGACCUGAGGAUCGAUGGGGACUGUUUCACCGUGUCUUCGGAGGCAGACACCUAUUACGGAGCCAAGAUGAAAUGCCAGGGAAAGGGCGGGGUGCUAGCCCAGAUUGAGAGCCAGAAAGUGCAGGACAUCCUCGCCUUCUAUCUGGGCCGCCUGGAGACUACCAACGAGGUGACUGACAGCGACUUUGAGACCAGGAACUUCUGGAUUGGGCUCACCUACAAGAUGGCAAAGGACUCCUUCCGCUGGACCACUGGGGAGCACCAGUCCUUCACCAGUUUUGCCUUCGGUCAGCCUGACAAUCAGGGGUUUGGCAACUGUGUGGAACUGCAGGCAUCAUCUGCCUUCAACUGGAAUGACCAACGCUGUAAAACCCGAAACCGUUACAUCUGCCAGUUUGCUCAAGAGCACAUUUCCCGGUGGGACCCAAGGCCCUGAGCCUAGCUAGGCAGCUCUCCCACGAGCCCCUGGGUGCACCAGCCCUGCUUGCCUGUCUGCUCCCCUGGGCGAAACCGGGUGGGCUGGGAUUGCAUGCCUAAUACCAGAGAUCUCAGACCAUACAGGAAGUUGGGCAGAGUGGCAGUGAAGCUAGUGCAGGAAGGAGAGGAGCCUCACUGGGGAAGCGGAGAACCUGGAACCCUCAGCUUGCUUUUUUGACUGGGAAGAUGGGCUUCUGUGUGCUAAAGCAGAAGUCAGAGCCUGCGGUUGGAAGAGGGCCACAGUGGGACCGCUGGUUUCCCUCACCAAAUACACCCACAGAGAUUAAACUAAGUUGUAAACCA